AUGCGUGUGUAUGUGGCCUCACCCUUCCCCGAAUUCGCACACAGCCAAUCACAGCUGUCCGUCACCGGUUUAUAUGAGGAAGGUGCGGAAACAGGAGCGAUCAGUCAAAUUUUAGGCGGACAUAAUCACCACUGUACGCACACGCACACCUACCGGCAGAGUUCAACGCAGUUGGAAUUUAUGCUGGCAAUGGCUAUCAAAACUCGACUGGCAUACUACGUUUUCCUCACGUUGUUUUGCACCCUUGUGGCGGGAGGUGGCAUAUUCGAAAUUCGUGUUGAAAGAUUUCAACUGGACGAGAACUUCCCAGCUGCCAAAUGCUGCCCUCAGGAUGACGAUGAAGAUGCUGACAGGUCCUUCACCGCCUGUCUUGCCAAAUGCCAAUUCCUCGUUCGGGUUUGUCUGGACAAAUAUCAGACCGUCUGGAAUGCUAACAGGCAACCUGAAUGCCCAUUAGGGAGUAAAGUCGCUCCACUUCCGUUAGCACAGCUGAAGAAGCCACUGGUCAACAUCAGUUUUCCUGUUCUAACAACGUGGAGGGAAAAUUUUACACUAAUACUGGAUAUUCUCCAUGGCACCGGUGAAACAAAUCCACCAAAAUUGCUCUUCCGACUACCCUCAAAUGAAGUCAACUUUACUUCGCACCACCACUGGAAAGUGAAAUCAUUCGGGAGUCGCUCACCGCUUGCAUACGGAAAACCACACUCUCAAAUGGCGCCCACACAACGUGGAAUCGGGCUCAGCGUUCUCACGACGUUCACUUUCAAAUGUUCACCCGGAUUCUCUGGCCCACUGUGUGAAAAUAAGUGCGAUCCAGAAGACAGCCAAUUAGAAUCUGCUGAUUGCGAAUCGGAUGAGACAAGGUGUCCCCAAGGCUACAAGGGUCAACGCUGUGACAUACCGAUUUGUACCAAAGGAUGUCAAAAUGGUGAUUGCGUUGACCCUGAUACUUGCAGAUGCCAUCAGGGUUGGACGGGAGAAGACUGUAGCGUCUGUCAAGUCUAUCCAGGUUGCAAACACGGUUCAUGCUCCUUCGACCCGAAGAAAAAUCGCCAGCUUCCCUUCACGUGCUUCUGCGAGGAUGGUUGGGGUGGAAUGCUUUGUGAUAUAGAUCUUCAAUUCUGUCAGAAUAAUAAGGGAGUUUGCAAGAACAAUGGGAAAUGUGAAAAUGUCAGAAGCCCCAGUGGUCAGCCCUACCGUUGCAUCUGCCUGCCCGGUUUCCGAGGUGACCACUGUGAGAUGAUGCAACUCGACUGUCUCAGCCAUGGCUGCCGCAACGGUGGCCAGUGUACCCAGCACAUGGAUGGACAGACCCGAUGCAUUUGCCCAAAGGGUUACUAUGGCAAUUUGUGCGAAUUCAAUCAGACAGUUUGCUCAGAGCAUCCCUGUCAAGCCGCCAAUUCAGUUUGCCAUCCAUUAUCCCGACCGAAAAAUGGGCGACAGUUCUACUGUGCGUGCCCACCCGGCUAUACUGGAGAGAAUUGCGAAAUCAACGUUGAUGACUGUGCAUCAGAGCCCUGCCGAAAUGGAGCAUUUUGUGAAGAUCUUAUCAGCAGUUACCGAUGCAUCUGCCCGUCUGGUUUCUCCGGGAUUUGGUGCGAAAAUCGUGAAGUUGAAUGUCCUCCAAACACUUGCUCGAAGGGCUCUACAUGCUACAAAACUAAAGACGGCACUUUUAAGUGUUCUCCCAUAAAGCCUUUAACCUCGGAUAAGGGCAGUAUUGUCAUGGUUCAUUUGCAGCCCUCCUUCCUCAGUCUUACAAUUGGCAUUCCCGUUGCUGUCGCACUCUCCGGUCUUGUCCUAGCCAUCGCCGUAUGUCUCUUCAUGGCAGCCUGCCUAUGGAGACGUGAAAAGACUCAAUCAAAAAGAAAGCCACCCCCGCAAAACUUUUCCCCUAAAUUUCAACUAGAAGAAGACAUGAACGGCUAUGCCUCGGAAACUUCUACCGUUUGGUCGGCCUACGAACCACUCAAUUCACUGCGCUCUGAUGAGACCACAUUACCCAAGCUUUCCCUUUACCCAAAACUCAAAGGAGAGGACAAGAUAAAACACUUAGAACCCUCAUUGUACCACCAACAGCGGUACUGUGAAGCGCCGUCGAAUCGUCCCUUCUCAACUGUCCUUUCUUCUACGUCUACUUAUGAAACACCCUGCAGCUAUGAGGACACCAGUGUACCCACACUACCUCCACGGCCCUCGAGGAUCGGUUCAAUCAUCGCCUAUCCACCCACCUUCCUCCGACCCAUCCUCUACCCCUUUGCUCCGCAGGCAACAUUUCCCGGUCAGCGUUUCACCAAAUCGCCAACUGAUUUGGCCUAUACCACGCUCACUGAAGAUAAUAAAAGGUAA